AUGGGUCGCGAUGAGGACGCCGCCAGCAAGGCGCGCGGCCUUGGCGCCAAUGUCACUCUUCUCCGUCCGGAGCUCGUCCAGCCAUUCAACACCGAAAAGUUUCAAGGAACGGAAUUUUGCUUCGCUCCGGUCCUGCAAUAUCCAUUUCAAAAGAAGCCACGAACCAUCCGAAAGCCGGCGGUCCGGGCGGCAGCCCGCGAGACGCUGAGACGGAGGCAAGAAGCGGUGAAGUUGAGGGAGGAAAGUCACGACACGACCGAACUGCAAAAUGCAUUCGAGGAGUACCAGAAGACGGCGUGCCUGCCAUCGGAGCAGUCGCCGCGAAAGAAGCUCAUGAGUCAGGCGCCGGACGCGCAAGAGUCGGUGGAUGGCGAGUUUGAUGAAGAAUGGGAAGUCGCCCAGCACAUGGCGAUUUCGGGAUAA